UAUCAAAGCUGCACGGGGAAGGGUACAAAAGCUUAGGAUGGUUAGCCGGAGGGUUUAACCGAGCAACCGAAGGAGAUUUUCCAGAGAUUGAAGGACCGGAAGAGCUUCGGUUUGCAACGAUAGGUGGCGCAUCGUACUAUUUACUCAAAUUACUUGUACUGUUGCCGAGUUUUGGCAAAGAGAGUCGUUGA